CACUGCCGCCACAGCGGCGGAAGUCUAAUCCGUCAUCUCGUACAGCGACCCCCAUCGAUCGCUUAGACAAAUCAGCGCUGCUGUCGGUCAACUUUAACCUGGUAUAUCAACACCGAUGAAAAACCCCCAACGGUGAACACCGACAUAACAUCUCGGUUGAUGUAAGCUCGUGCACGUACUGUCGACGAGUUCCGCCAUACUUACAUUUCAUUCACGAACCAUAUAAUACAUAGUUUAAUACAUCUGUCGGCUGUAUUUGCAAGGUUUUAACUAUAUAUUAUAUACAAACUUCGCCGCCAUGCCGAAUGAACAUUUUGACAUUAGUUUUUUAAGGACCUACAGACUUAUGAAAGAACAUUUGGUCAAAAACCUUAUCAAUGAACGAACGUUGUUUAUCCAGAAAUCUGUUACCAGAGAAAUUACCAAAGGCGAGUGUCUGAAACUUAUAAAACUGGAACUGAACGUUAUGAACAUUUGCGAUUUAGCAAUCCACCAUGAAAAUUAUAAUCUCUCACCAGAGUACAUUCGCGACGGCACCAAAAUGAUGACUCUGAUGUCCAAUCGAAUUGAUCACUUGUACUUCAGUAUGUUUCAAAUGUUUUCUAUCGAAUGUGUGUUAUUGAUAGAGUACAUGGAAUUUCAAUGGAAAAACAAAAAGUUGAUCACCAAUGAAAUGCAUCCGCUAAUCGUACUAAUGACGAAAAAAAAAUGUGAUCCCCAAAUGUUUAUAGCUGCAGGGACGUUCGAAUAUGAAAAACAUAAUAUCGAGAAAGCUAGGCAAUACUUCGUAGAAGGAAUUAAAAUACACCCAAAUAAAAAAGCUCUUUAUUUAGAACAAUUGUGGAUUGAAGUGAUGCACUUGGGUGAUGUAGGAGGCGGUGAAUCGAAUGAAGUUAUAGCAAUUCAAGUAUAUAGAAAUAUUAUAAAAAAGUUUGAACGGGACAUCGAUUUUCAUAUCCUUUUAUUGGACAGAUCUAUAGAAGUAAAACCCAUAUGGAGACUACAAUACGAAAUUAUUUGUGAUUUAAUAGAAACGUACAAACGAAGUGAUCUCAUGUGGCAUAAAGUUGCUACAUUGUGCUCAGAAGGGUUCAUUUUCGACCACGAUAUUAGCUUCUUUGGAUACAGCACAGACUUCAAAGAUAGAGCGAGGUGUUGUAUUGAAACAUACGAAAAAGGAGUGCAAAAUGUAUCAAGUGACAUGAAAAAACGAAAUUUGAUGAUAUUACUUACCGAACAUAUAGUAAAAAUUUGGCAAAUUAAUAAAAGUAUAAACAAUUGGGAUGUUAAUGUUCUCGUGAAAAGGAAAAUGAAAAACGUAUUCCAGAUGGCCCACUUUGACUUUGGAGGUGUACUCGAACCAGAGUUUUAUGUUUAUUGGGCCACUAUUUCCUAUGAUGAUCGUCCUGAAAUUUUAAAAUUGGCUGUCGAUCACAACAAAGAUGACGUUCUCGUGUGGGCCGAAGUUUUGGAUUAUCAUAUUGUUCACAAUAGUAGUUGUACAACAAUAAAAAGGAUUUUUGAUGCCGGCAAUCUUGCACUGGAAAACAAGGCAUUACUGUUGUGGGAAAUUAUGGAUUCAUUUUUGCAACAGUACUGCGACAUCACAAUGCUUGGGGAGUUUUAUGAAGAAGGUGCCUACAGUCCCUAUGAAGAGAUCAACACGGUGUACAAAGUCGACUAUCUUGCAUGGUGCCACAUGUACGAUGGCAUAUCCUCUUCUCGAGAUCUUUUCAAUAAAUUGAUAAACUUAGAACCGGAAACCAAAAAUUUGUACAUGGAAAUGAUUCAGUGCGAGAAACAGCAAUCCCAGAUGAACCUCAACAUCAUAAAAAAACUGUACAACCUCGCGUGCAUGAAAUUUAGCCACCAAGACAAUGACACCAGUUUGUGGGCCGAAUGCAUUGAGUUCGAGUUAAAAUACUUUGGGAGUUCCAGCGCAGAAAAUAUCUUUAAUGCGGCGUUCAACAUUGUCAAGCCACAAUUGAAGGGUGAUUUGAGACGCAGAUACCAGUUGAUGACCGAGGCUCACAGCAGGCGCAUAUUUAAUAUACAACCGGAUAUUGUUGACCUCGCUGACGGAUACUAGGUAUACCAGAAUCAAGGAAAAUGACACUUUUGACAAAAUUUACUUAAAAAUCUAAAAUAUCAGUUUUCUUUUUCACAAUAAUAAUAAUCCUGACACAUGCUGUUAUUGGAAAUAAAACCAAUUUGAAAAAAGGUGGACAAGUGGGUACCGCACUGCUACGACAGUUUUCGAGUAUGACGUUAUUGUAAUGGAUAUGUUAAAGUUAAAUUUGAAUUUUAUGAUAAAUCAUUGUAUACAAAAAACGAUUCUGAGCGGAGGUUCUCAUA